UUCAAGCCAGGCCGCUGGUCUGCGCACUGUUCACAACAAGAUGGCCGCAGACUGGUGGACGCUGCUGGUGUCCCUGGCUGUGGGCGCCGCCGUCGCGGUCGCUCUUUGGUGGCGCCGCUACUCCACGCACUUUGCCCGCCGCGGCCUGCCCUCCACCCCCCCGCUGCCCCUAGUGGGCAACAUGCUGGACCUGGUGCUCAGGAGGAAGUCCAUGGCCGACACUCUCACCGAACUCUAUCGCAAGUUCGAGCCGCAUCCGUACGCUGGCGUCUACUUCACGAUGCCAUUUGUGAUGGUGAGAGAUCCCGAUAUCAUCCGUGCCAUCACGGUCAAGGACUUUGACCACUUUACCGACCACAUGGAGUUCUUCAACGCUGACAAGUCCAACACACUGGCACAAAGGAUGCUUACCGGUUUGAAAGGAAAAGAGUGGCACGAUAUGCGGACCACGCUCAGCCCGGCUUUCACUACAAUGAGGAUGAAGAACAUGUUCACCUUGAUGACAGAGAUCGCUCACCAAGCAGCAGACUAUUUGGCUGUGAAAGCUGCUGAUUACGAGGCUUCUUCUGGCGACAAGGAUUUGCUGACUUUGGAGAUGAAGGACUUUUUCACCCGUGUUACCAAUGACAUCAUUGCGACUACGGCAUUCGGUGUGAAGGUGGACUCCCUGUCAGAGCCGGACAACACCUUCUACCGCAUGGGCCGUGACGUCACCAACAUCGGAGCGCUCGUCGCCGGCGGCUUCAUGACAUCCCCUAAGCUCAUGCGGCUGCUGGGCAUAUCAUUCUUCGACCGGAAGGCGAUGGAGUUCUUCAAAUCCAUGGUGUACGAGACUAUUCGUACGCGAGAGAAGCACGGAAUUGUUCGCCCCGAUGUGAUCCAUCUACUGAUGCAGGCAAGCCGUGGAGAGCUGGUUUCCGAGGAAUGCAAGAAAGACGGGACCACCGGCUCCAGAGAGAGAUGUCUCAGCGAUGAGGACGUGGCGGCGCAGGCGAUACUCUUCUUCUUCGCCGGCUUCGAGUCAGUAGCGACGCUGCUGACGUUCUGCAGCUACCUGCUGGCCACGCACGAGGACGUGCAGCAGCGGCUGCAGAGGGAGGUGGACGAGCUGAUGCAGAAGAGUGGGGGGCAGCCCAGCUACGAGCAGGUCACGGGCUGCCAGUACCUCGACAUGGUGCUCUCUGAGACCCUGCGCAUGUACCCGCCGCUCUCUGCUCUGGACCGGCAGUGUGUGCGGCCCUACCGACUGCCGGCGACUGAGACCUGCCCGGGGAUCGACCUCCGGCCUGGAGACGUCAUACGGCUACCCAUCCGCGCCAUCCAUUUCGACCCGAAAUACUAUACGGAACCGGAGCGUUUCGACCCGGAACGCUUCAACCCAGAGAACAAACACCUCAUCAAACCUUUCACGUACUGCCCAUUUGGAUCUGGACCUCGCAUCUGCAUUGGCCAGAGGUUCGCGACGAUGGAGAUGAAGGUGCUGCUGGUGUACUUCCUCUCCCGCUUCAGCUUCCAGUCGGUCUCCAAGACGCCGGUGCCCCUCGAGAUCAAACCUGACAGCAUCUUCCUCGCUAUCAAGGGCGGUUCCUGGCUUGGAGUUCGACGCAGAUCCUGAACUGUUUCUACAGAGCUGGAGGAACUACCAAAAAGAGAUGUGCCAACUUCGAGAAGUUGUGGUGCAACUGAAAGACAAAUUUUCCUGGAAGUCAAUAACAGAAAUGCAUCAUGAUGUACUACAGCGAAGAUGAAAUUAAGCGCUUCCGCUCCUUCGUACUUUGAGUAUGAAUUAAUGAGUAUUACAACCUUAAAUAACACCACACAGUGUUUCCGAAAAUGUUUAGACGUGUCUAAUUGUAGAGUGUUCGUGCUGCUCCAGUGACGUUAAUGGCACUCUAUACGUCCUCUACAAAUAGAAAUCCACUGAGAAAUGAAGCACAUACUUCUUUAGAAGAGGGCGCUUGAAAUUUGUGACUUGUUUAGUGGU